UGUCACUUUAACAACACAUUUUUUAGAUUAUCGCGAGAGCUAGAUCUGAACCCGUUGGUCUUCAAGGACUUCGGAAGGGACUUCAUUAAGUCAAUGAAGUUUAGUCCAGAUGGAUUUAUUCAACUUGCACUUCAGUUAGCUCAUUUCAAGUUACAUGGUUACCUUGUCUCAACAUAUGAGUCGGCUUCCCUGAGACGAUUCCGAGCAGGACGCGUGGAUAACAUCCGAGCAAACACUAGGGAAGCUCUCGCAUGGGUCAAAGCGAUGACCAGUGACACCUCAAAGGUAUGGCACAUAGGGAAAUCAGAACGCGAAUGUUUGUAUGAGGAUUUUGCAGGAGACAAAAACACUGCCGGCCUUGGGAUAGACAACCACUUAUGCGCACUUUCUGUAAUAGCCAGACAAUCUCUUGAAAGUGGAGAAUCUCGCCAAUUACCUAAACUUUUUACGGAUCCGAUGUGGAGUGAACUUAUGCGUUUUCCCCUUUCCACAAGCCAGGUGACCACAUCGCCAGACAUCCCGGACUGCUACUUAUGCUAUGGUGCUGUCGUUCGUGACGGAUACGGUUGCGCAUACAACCUCCAAAAGGAUCUCAUAAUUCUUGCCCCUUCGGCGUUCAAAUCAAACCCUCGAACUAAUCUCUCAGCUUACAAAGAUUCGAUUCGAGAAGCUCUUUAUGAUAUGAAGCAGUUGUUGAUGAGUUGA